GCCCACGACCGCUUCCCCUCCUCCUCGCCCCCACCCGCCCCCCAAUUCCAACGCGACCGCGGAACCCUAGCCCCCUUCCCCUCCGGUCUCCCGCGCGCCGCGGGCACAACGAGCCCCUCUCCCUGCCACCGCCACCGGCAUGGCCUCCCCGGAGGGCUCCACGUGGGUCUUGGACUGCCCCCUCAUGGACGACCUGUCGGCCGCCGACUUCGCUGACGCCGCCGCGGGAGGAUUCUACUGGGCGCCCCCGCCGAUGCAGCCUCAGCCGCAGGCCGCCGCCGCGGCGGCGCCUCCCAACCCCUGCAGUGCGGAAAUCAAUAGCUCUGUGGAUUGUCGCCAGGGAAAUGAACAGCCAACAAAUAAACGUCCUAGGUCAGAAAGUGGUGCUCAACCAAGCACCAAAGCAUGCAGAGAGAAAAUUAGAAGGGAUAAGCUGAACGAAAGGUUCUUGGAAUUGGGUGCCAUCUUAGAGCCAGGGAAGACACCUAAAAUGGACAGGUCAGCUAUAUUGAAUGAUGCUAUCCGCAUUGUAUCUGAAUUGCGUAGUGAAGCACAAAACUUGAAGGAUUCAAAUGAGAGUCUCCAAGAGAAGAUCAAAGAGCUGAAGGCUGAGAAGAAUGAGCUGCGGGACGAGAAGCAAAGGCUGAAGGCAGAGAAAGAGAGCCUGGAGCAGCAGAUAAAGUUCCUGAACGCCCGUCUAAGCCUCGUACCGCACCCUCCGGUCAUCCCAGCCUCUGCGUUCACCGUUCCUCAAGGGCCAGCAGCCGGGCACAAGCUGAUGAUGCCUAUGAUUGGCUACCCUGGAUUCCCGAUGUGGCAAUUCAUGCCGCCUUCUGAUGUCGAUACAUCUGAUGACCCCAAGUCAUGCCCUCCUGUUGCAUAAGCAAGGAAAAGCUUGUUAGUUGUCUGUCUUGUGGAAAGAGGCGAUACUGCCCUCCAUUCAAGCCUAGUUUGGUCCAGUCCCCAGUGUUAUUGAUGUAGUUGACUCCAGAACUAAGGGAAGCUUAUAUGUAUCAGCCGGUGACGUAGGGUGAUCUGAUGGCACCGUUGUAUAUUAUAUAGUAAAUAAAUACCGUGACUUGAAGCAAAUGAGGUUUAGAUGUCGGAGAGUUCGUACCUUGUUUGCCAUUAGACCCGUGAUUAGGCUGUAAUUAGGUUGUAGCAAUGUUUGGUCCAUCUUGGACCGAGCUGUGGUCUCAUGUUCCUUACAUGUGGAAGCAGCAUGGAUGCGCAUUACAUGAUACAAGCUGUGUUGGGUAUAACGUGAUCACAUCUUUACCAA